AUGACACAAACUUUACAAGCCGCUUUUGAAAAAACAAAGUCUGAAUUGACUGUUACAACUGAAAAGUUGGAAGAAAUCACAAACCAUUUUGUUGAAGAACUCGAAAAGGGUAUUUCUCCAGCCGGUGGUAAUAUUCCAAUGAAUCCUACUUGGGUUAUGGAUUAUCCAUCAGGUUCCGAAACUGGUGAAUACUUGGCAAUCGAUUUAGGUGGUACCAACCUUAGAGUCAUCAGAGUAACAUUACAAGGUGAUUCCAAAUUCAAAUCAGUCAAUGAAAAAUACCCAAUUCCCGUUCCGAUGAGAACCGGUAAUAAAGACGAUCUAUUUGAUUUCAUUGCAAAGUCUUUAGAUGAUUUUAUUAAGCAUCAGUAUGGUGAGGAUUACAAAGGUGAAAAGUUGCCAUUAGGUUUCACCUUCUCUUACCCUGCACAUCAAAACGCAAUCAAUCAUGGUGUCUUGCAGACAUGGACCAAAGGUUUUGAUAUUCCAGGCGUUGAAGGGCAUGAUGUUGUUCCGAUGUUACAAGCCUCCCUUGAUAAAUUGAAUACCCCAGUUGAGGUUGUUGCCUUGAUUAAUGAUACUACCGGUACUUUAGUCGCUUCCAAAUAUUGUGAUACUGAGACCAUCAUGGGUUUGAUCUUUGGUACCGGUUGUAAUGGUGCUUAUUAUGAUUUUGCAAAGAAUAUUCCUAAAUUAGAAGGUAAGUUAGCUAGUGAUAUCAAUGAUGAAACUCCAAUGGCUAUUAAUUGCGAAUAUGGUGCUUUUGAUAACGAUUGGAAAGUUCUGCCAAGAACCAAGUAUGAUAUCCAAAUUGACCAAGAAUCUCCAAGACCAGGUCAGCAAUUCUAUGAAAAAAUGAUUGCUGGUUAUUAUUUAGGUGAAGUUUUAAGAUUAAUUUUAUUGGACUAUUAUUCUCAAGGACUGGUUUUCAUUAAUCAGGAUAUCAAGUCUUUGCAAGUUCCAUUUGCAAUGGAUACCUCCUUCCCUUCAAUGAUUGAAGAACAUGGUCCUGAAUACGCUGGAAAAUUAUUCAAAGAUACCUUCAACAUUACUCUAACUAAGGAAGAAGAGAAGGUUAUCUCUGAUUUGUGCCAAAUCAUCGGUACCCGUGCUGCCAGAUUGUCUGUAUGCUCAAUUGCUGGUAUCUGUAGAAAAAUGAACUACAAAUCUGGACAUUGUGCCGCAGAUGGUUCAGUUUUUAAUAGAUACCCAUACUUUAAGGAGCGUGCAGCUGCUGCAUUGAAUGAAUUAUUCAAGUGGAACACAGAUCCAAAGGAUUACCCAAUUAAAUUGACCCAUGCAGAAGAUGGUUCUGGCGUUGGUGCGGCAGUCAUUGCAUGUCUUACUGAAAAAAGACUGCUUGCCGGUAAGAGUGUUGGUGCUAAAUUAUAA